AUGCUGAUGCGAAGUGUCAUCUUGCUAUUUGCUCUAGCCUGUAUUAGCACCAAGACAAUCUCAGCAUGGCCACUGUCCGGCGUGAGACAUGCUACCGGAGCUGAUGACGGCCAAAUCAACACGACCGCUUCGUCCAGCCGCUCGACAGACUCUCUUAAACGAAGAUGGUUCGCCUUCAAAUCCGAAGAUGAACUAAAGGGAGAGGGUGGAGAGGAACACGCUCACACACGAGGUUAUGGCACUUGGCCAGCCAAGACAUAUCCCGUUGGACAUCCAUAUCAUACGAACGGAGCCGCACGAUCGCAUAUUCCCUUCUGCUUCGUGGAAGAUGAAAAUGCCGAUACGCUUGCUGAGCAGAUGGCAUAUGCUGUUGCUAUGUGGUGGCCGGCAUUUCGUCUGUCUUCUGCAAUGAUUCUACCUGAUGCAGAAUGUUAUGAUUCAAAGGCCUCGGGGCCCGAGAGAAAAUUGUUGCUCCGCUGUGUCUGUGGCAAGCAAUCUCAUGGCAAGAGCACGGGUGAUGAGACCCUCCAGAUCUCACUUCGACCGUUCGGUAAUCAGUUCUCUGACACAUCCGGUGGCUAUGACCAUCAGACCAGCAAGCCUGGGCGCCACGGUCUUGCGCUCCUCUCAUUCGUGGCUCCUGAUAAGAUCGUAGAUGAAAAUGAACGUGCGAACUUGUGGUACAGGCAGGCUAGCGACUUGACACACGAGCUAGGUCACGUACUAGGAUUGCUGCAUGAGCAUGAGCGGCCAGAUCGCGACCACUUUCUUGACCUUGACUGCACGGCUUUACUCGGCUACGGGGAGGCCGAAAAAUUAGCUUUAGAUCUGGCUAAUGCAGGAGACUGGAAGAACGAGCCCACCAUGAAACAGAGGAUGGAGCGUAUAUGCUUUGAUCCCGAAAUGUGGGAGAAAUACCUGCCCAGUGCUGAACUGUUCAAUAAGUUUGACUCUGCGGCCUGGCACGACCCCAAUGGCUUUGUAUACGACCGGAAUUAUUUCGACUACGGAAGCAUAAUGAUUUAUGACUCGGUGAUCGAAUGCGUGACACUUUACCAAUUGCCCAUCUCACGCAGAUUCCCACCAGGAUAUGUCCCGGGCCUUGGCACGGAAGCUGGGAACAAUGGGAAAGUGUACCUCGAUGGAGCUUACUACACUGGUGGCGCCUACUCCUCUCCAGCCCAGCGUAUCUCCACGAUGGAUGCAAAGCGCGUAGCAAUGCUGUAUCCGGGAACGAAGGCGCAGCAGAUCGAGGCCAGUGCACUAUCGCCAUCCGAUCAAUGGGAGGCUAUCAACACCCGUGAAAUGGUUUAUAAUUCAGCCUGGCGCCACCAGAUACUAGCCGUCUUAAAGGAUAGGGAUUUCAGGCCAUCAGUGCCAGACGUGGUCGACCAGCGUCUCCAACCCACCGUCAACCCCAAGCGGAGAUGGGCGAGCGUGUACGAAUGGUAUGAGCCACCUUCGUACAAGCAGAUCGUCAUCAACAAGACCAAGAAGCUGGUUCGUGCCAAGGAUUGGGAGAAACUGUUUGAGAGGCUCAGAGCACUGGUGCGAACGUUCAGAAUCAAGCCUGAGACAUCAGAACCAGAAGUCUACUCACCUUCUGGAUCUCUUGCAGGCUCUGGGGCCAACAGUGGCCACCGGUCCUCCACUGGAGCAAAUGAUCAACCUGAGAUCAGCGAGCAGGCAAGUGAAGCUGAGCGUACUUGGGCCGACCAGACACAUGCCGCUAUCGGGCAGAUCGCCAAUCCAGAUGGGGCAGCGCAAGGUUCCGGAGAUAGAGGAUCGUCCAGGUCCUCGGUGACAGAUGAAGGUGGCAACUAG